CCGCGGUCACACUGACGUGCAAAAUCAGCUGUUAGCCGCUCUAAUUUUGUUUUUCCGGGGGCGUAAAUUGACAAUUUAAUGUUUUGAACGGCUUCGAACGCAUUCCGACAUGGACUCUACUGCCACACGUACUGUGACCUUUGUGUACAACUACAAGGACCAUGAAAACAAAGACUGCGUAGCCCAGCUGGACAUCAAAUUCCCCUUCGAUCAGGAGAAUCUGGAGGAGUGUCUGACGCUGCUCCUCAACCAAAUGGAUCCCAUGAUGCGGUAUCUGGGCGAGAACAUUAAUUUGGAAAACCAGCUGCAGGACUUUGUCGACACUGAGCACCAAAAGUUCCUGGACGACUACGCUGAGAAGCUAAUUGCACAGGCGGCCAACGAAGAGCUCGACUUGGAGGCCAUUGUGCGGGACACAGACCGGCGGUAUAAGGACGAGCUGCUGCAGUUUGCCGAUCGUGUAGGCCCCAGGGACGAGGAUAUAUUUGCGCAGAGUUUCCACCGGCUGGUGCACUCCUCUUCGUUGGAGGAAAUCCUCAAACGGGAACGAGCCUACGCCAAAGUAAUAGCAGGAAUGACGGAGCACAUGGACAGCGAGGUGGAGACGCUAAACACGAGCCAGCAGCAGGAGAUGGACAGCCAGAUCAAUCAGCUGGACAUAACCACCACCUCGGAGGACAUCAACAACCUGCUGGCACAGCAGUACACCACCCAGAACUUUGUCCGCAAGCGCUACGAGUCGGAGCUGGAGGCGAAGAUGGGUCACCAGAAGAACGAAUACCGGGACUGGAUCACGAGUCAAGUGAGCCAAAUGUUUCAGGUCUCGCCGGUGGCCACGCCGCUGGGCAAUCGCUCCUCGAUGUUCGUGUCCCAGCAGCCGUCGAUGGAGGAGAGCUUCACCAUACAUCUGGGCUCGCAGCUGAAGCACAUGCACAACAUCCGCAUUCUCAGUGCCAACGUCACAGAGCUCUGCAGUCCCCUGCAUGCCGAGGAGAGCUUAAAUGGCCUGAACAUGGCCCUAGGCCUCUAUUCCAGCUCGCUGUGCGGUGUCGUCGUGCUGACGCCGUCUAUUCAGGCCGAGGCCAACAAGAAUAUCAUUAAGAACGCCAACAGAUCCACAGAGUUUCACUUUGAGCAGAUCGACGUUCAGCUGGAGAAGAUCGAGAAGCAGAUCCGCAGCCUCAGCACCACCGAUUCGAACAGCACUCCGAGCACUGCCAGCAGCAACAGCAGUGCCGAGGGCAGCGCCACGCCCUCGCCCACCAAAAAGCACGUGCCCCGACUUAAAACAGGAGACUUCUUCAUCACCAAGCACUCGAAUCUGUCUCAAUCCCAUGUGAUAUUCCACCUGAUCUCGGACGAGCCCAUCAACAGUCCGAGCGAGAUUAACUCCCGUCAUCCGGUGAUUUUGGGCCUGAGGAACAUCCUGAAGACAGCCAGCAGACAUGACAUCACCACGCUGACGAUACCGGCUCUCUUGCGCCACGAGAUGAGUGAGGACAUGACAGUGCAGUGGUGCAUCAGGCGCGCGGAGCUGGUCUUCAAAUGCGCCAAAGGAUUCAUGAUUGAAUCAGCGUCCUGGGGCGGCGCCGAGCUAAGCACUUUGCAAUUGUUACUGCCGGAUGACAUAUCGGAGAGCCUGUUCACCACGCUGGCGGGAAUGGUGCCCAGCGUGUUUCAUGUGGCCAAUCCGAAGAUACUGGUCGACACCAGCAGCAAGUCGUAGACUGCGUACGAGAGUACAUUCCUCGAAGAACAUUGAAGAAAAGACUACUUUAGUUUAUUUGUAUGAAUAUACAGUUUAUUCAGAUUCAGAGUUAUAUAUUUAUGUAUAUAUAUGUAUGUAUGUACCUAUAUAUGCUUCGGUAUUCGUCGCCACGCUCAAAAAGUUGUUUACUCGUAAAUUUAACACACUCAGAAUUCUUGUGUAAAUGUUCCUGUAUCAAUUUUUGUCAAUAAUUCAAUUGCAACCUUUUGUUUUUUGUUUCUCAAUUUCCAAACUACAACACUACUGCUCGUACAAUGUGUAAGUACAUAUGUGUGUAGGCAUAUAGUAUAUAUAUGCAGCUAUGUGUUAGGUAUAGGUAUCAUGUGUAUAUUACUUCCAAAUGGUUUUUAUCCUUUAUCUUUGGUUUCUUAGACCUCUCCCCAUCUAUCGCUGAUGCAUUGUCUGCCCGUGUGUGUUGUGUGUGUGUAAGUCUGUUCGGUUAUCUUUAAUGAUUAUUAUAAUACGGUGUUUCACUGAAUAACUCUGUUCUGUAACUUGUAAAUAUGCAUUUUUGAAAUAUAUAUGUAUAUAUAUAUAAUAUGUAUUUAUAUCUAAACAACUGUGUUCUGCGGUAUAUUACUAUAUUUGAAGGUUCUUCGUUAACAAUUAAUUAGGUUUCCAUCGUCAAUGCUGUGUUCUGUUGUGUGUUCGCUGUUUAACUUUUGUGGUUUAUUUGGUGUUUAGCCAAGUACGUUGUCUGCGGUGUGUAUCGUUAUUAUUUCGCUGCUUUGCAGUAAUGGGAGUAGAGGCUCAGAAAAUAGUAUUCCAUAGAGGGUAUUCCAUAAUGCGUAUUUUGUUUGUUCGUUCGGCUUACGAGGGGUUUGGUUUACAUAAAAUUAGUGACGAGUGUUUUAGGUACAGGAACGGACCGCAUUGAGUGUUUUUCUUUUGUCUGCGAGCGAAUAUCGCUUGGGUUGUGGGCUUCAAGGAAUUGACAUAAGCAGCAUAAAUCAUCAGUGUUUAAAUAAAUUACAUGGCUAUAGCCGUUUGCCGUUUGCUUAUAGAUGAGCAUUGGAGCCCCACAAUCCUGGGGCUUGAUACAGCGUAAAUUAUAUUAAACUCGAACUAUAAUUUAUUGCUUCUGUUUGUUAAUUUUAAUAAAUACUUUAAAAUUACAUCCUGAGCACAGGGCUGUGCUCCGCCAGUA